UCUCGGAUGCUCGCCAUCGAUUCAUGAGUCUGCGGCAGCCGCUGAGCAAAAUCUUGAGCUCCAAUCGCCCUCCCAUGCGCUUGGACACAUUCCGCAGCACCAGCUGGGCAUCGUCCUCCGUCUCCAAGCUCCGCAGGAAUGUCUCUUCGUCGCGCCAGGUAUUCCUCGUCACAUCACAGGACAAAUCCAGGGAGCUCGGCAACGGCCCACAUUCCAGCGCCGCGGCGGAGCUCUCGACACUGGCAUCAAUCGGCCCCUCGUCGGAACGCAUCAACAAUGCUGCAAAGAUCGAUGGCAGCCGAUUUAGAAGCGCGGGGAAUGUGGCAUUCAAGGAGAACAACGCUCCAGACGUCCACCUAGCUCCCAAGCCACAGAGAAUCUCCCCGCCACCGCCGCCGCUCGCCGACAAGCCGAGCGCCGCUGGUGGCGAUGGAUUCUUCCACUCCAGGGCCUCUCAAAGACCCGACUUUCGUGGAUUACCUCUCAGGGACAGGCUCCAGAUUGCUCGGAGAAGGCGGCCAUACCAGAACUUCCGUGACCCGGGAGCAGCAAAGAAUCCUUCGUCUUCUUCUCCAAGUAGCUUCGAUCUAAUCGUAGCGAACAGGCUCGCAAACGCUCCACCGCCGCCUCCAAAAGAGACCACCGAUACCUUCUCGCCGCUCGUCAAGGCCAUCUUCGAUCUCCUGGAUCAAGCUCCACCGGUGGAACAGCCUCCAAAACCAGCUACCGAGCUAGAGCUUGACAACGCCACCGCCGCCGCCACGACUUCUCAGGCACAUCAAACAUACUAUCACAGGCAGAGACACAAGUACCGGGUCUACCAGCAAGCUUUCAACACCGGUGACCCUCGAUUCGACUCCUUGGGAAGAACACUGUGCCGGAUCCUCCGCCACCAGGCCACGCAGCUGAGCCUCCCGAUCCGGAGCAAUGGCUACGUGAAAGUUGACGACAUCCUCCGGCUGACGAUCCGGACGCACGCCGGGAUCCCCAUGAACGAGCACUCGGUGGAGGAGGUCCUCCGGGUGGUGGAGCGCGACCCCAAGCAGCGCUACUCCACCAUGGUCGAGGGCGGCGAGCUCUUCAUCCGGGCAAACCAGGGGCACUCGAUGAAGGUGGUGGCGUCGGACGCGCUGCUGACGGAGAUCACGUCCGCGGAUCAAGUGCCGGUGUGCGUCCACGGCACGUUUCGGUGCUUUUUGCCGAGCAUCAUGCGGACGGGGCUGAAUCGGAUGAGCCGGAAUCACGUCCACUUUGCGAUUGGGCUGCCCAACGAGGAGGGAGUGAUCAGCGGGAUGAUGGACAGUGUGGAGGUUUUGAUCUACCUCAAUGUGGCCAAGGCGCUCCAGGACGACAUGAAGCUGUAUAUAUCGGACAACAAGGUGCUGCUCACCGAGGGCUUUGCGGGGGUCGUGCCGUGCGAGUAUUUUGAAAAGGUUGUCGAGUGGCCGACCUUUACUGUGAUCGCGUGAACUUAAAAAGGCCCUAGAUCUUCUUUUCCCCUUGUAUUUUCUUUGCUAGAAUAUUCGAGGGUUCCAGGCCAACCCUGGAAUAUAAUUUUUUUUUUU